GUUGUUUUGUUAGAAAUGUUUUUUUGUAAGCAAUAACUAGACAUAAAAGUUUUACAAUAAAUAUUGUACGUUUGUUGUUGAAAAGAUUAUAUUUAAAAUUAUUGUUAGUAAAAAACAAAUUAUAUAUAUAAAAAUUGACAAAGUUAACAAUAAAAAUAUAUUAUUGUAAUAAAAUAUUUUUAAAAAUAGUAUGUAUUACAAAUAUUGGAAUAAGUAUAACCUCUAUAUUGAUGAUUUAAAAAAAUGGAAGAUAAAGCAAAAAGUGAAUCAAAAGUAGCACCUGGAGAUGGUAUACGCUCUCUCAGGAGUACAAUGCUGUUUAAAGCUGUUAAUUAUGAAUUAUAUGCACGCCCGAAUAUGAUAAUAAUGGCAUUAGGUUUGACUGCAAUGAUUGGCUGUUCUGGAUAUAUUUAUUAUAUGCGAUCAAAAUAUGAAGAUAUGGGUUAUUAUACAGCUAUUGAAUCCGAUGGUAAGGAAACAUUUAAAAAAAAAGAAUCUAAAUGGAGUACUUAAUUAUAAGCAGCUGUAGCGAAUUAAAAAAAUAUUUUUUUCAAUUUCUUAAAUCGUAUUCAUAAUAAUUAUAGGAAAAUUUUAGUUCUUAUUUGAUGAAAAUUGUAAUGUUUACUAUUAUUUAUGAAAUAUAUUAGUGAGAAAUGUAAAUAAUUAUAUUAUAAAAAAAAUAAACAUUAUUUAUUCAUUAAUAUAUUUAUUUUUUCAAACAAAUAGCAUUAGUUUUGUGACAUAAAUCUCGUUGUAAGCUCUCAAAAUAUUUCUACAAUUAAUAUUAUUAAUUACACACAUCUAUCAUGUCGUAACCACACAACAUUUUUUAAAUAUAUAUAUUUAUGGAACUUGUAAAUUUUUAUAUUUUAUUUUAAGAAAAAAAUUUUAAAAAUAAAAAUUUUUUCAGUGAUUUCUCUUAUAUUUUUGUUUUUUUCAGUUAUUAAAUUUUUUUUUUUUUUUUUUUUUUUUGCAAGUGUAGAUAUUUAAUUUGUGUAGAAUUAUAAAAAAUAUGAGUUUCUGAUUAAGUAAAUAACUGUUUAUCGAAAAAGUCAGUGUCAUGAAUAAAACAAUCCUUAAAGUGAAAUGAUACCGGACCUCUUUCUCACUCAGAAAAAUAAACGAAACUAUUUUUGUUG